AUGGCUUCCCCAAGAACGUUUCAAUUUUAUAAAACCGGAAUGCGAGUAGACUGUACUACGUACGGCGAGACUACACCUAAGGAGCGAUAUUUCUCACGUCAAAGAGCACGCUUCUCCACCCACCACCCCACCUCGUCGCAGUGUGCAAGCAUCAUCGUUUAUCCGUUGGACAAUGUUCCGUCCUUUGCUCGUCGAGGGCUCUCAACUCGGCCGGUUUCCGGAAUUUCAGCAGGGUUGAUACGCCCACAAGUGCGGCGCAGCCAUGCAGCAAUAAUCCUCGAACUGCCACAGCCGACAUGUUGUUAUUUGACAAGCAUGAAACAGACGUGUUUGACUUCGAGGGUUUCCCGAUGA